GUGCGUCGGUGCCGAACAGUCUGCUCAUGGUGGAAGAGGCUGGCGGCAGCAGGUCGCGACUCCUGUGACGAGCCGCCCGGUGGCGUCUCCCAGCCGAUCGUGGAGGCCUUGUGGUCCGAAGACCUCGGUGAGCACCGUGGUCCGGCCUGGAAGGAGCUCCUCCUGGGUGGCAUCAAACUCCAGCAGCGAGCUGGGACUCCCCAGGAUGACUACGAACAGCUUUGCAACCAGACGUCGCAGUUUGACUCGGCGAUCAGGCGAGAUGUACAUCGUACGCUCCCGCAAGAGGAGCUCUUCCGCGAGCGUCAGGGGAAGGGUCAACAAGCGCUCUUCAGAUUGCUCCGGGCGCUGGCCAUCCGCCUGUGGGAUGUCGGCUACUGCCAAAGUCUUAACUUCAUCGUGGCAACGCUUAUUGGGGUCUUCCCCGAUGACGAGGCGCUGGUAUUCAACUGUUCUUUAGCCUUGCUGCUUCGGCAUUCGCUGGUGGAUCUGUACCGGCCGAAAUUUCCAAAGCUUGGGGUCAUCAUCUGGCAGUUCGAUCGCAUCGUCGAGGGCUUUUUGCCAAAGGUCCAUGAUGCUCUAACAAAGCACGGUGUCAACUCCGAGUACUACGCCAUCCAGUGGUUCCUCUCCCUCUUUGCCAGCGACUUGCCACAAAAGGUGGUGCGCCGGAUUUGGGAUAGAUUUCUGGUCGCGGGGUGGCGCAUCAUCGUCCAAGUUGGCCUGGCAUUGUUGUACAGCAUUCAGGACGAGUUGGGUGACAUGGAAACGUGCUUUGCCCUGAGCUUCUUAAGGAAGUUUGCGCAGACACGCACGCAUCAGUCCGAGGGCCUGUUGAAGACAGCCUCAUCUUUCAAGGUCUCUCACAGACUGCUCUCGGCGUUGGAGGCAGCUUACAGUUGGGAGGAGGAUGCUCAGCUGACAGUCGUCAAGGACUUGAACACCGGCCAAGUGCAUUGGGCAGUUCAGGCAGUACCGCGUGCAGUUCCCACACCUGUGCCGCAAGAAGGCGAGGAGCCUGCUGUGCCAGUUCCGCGCGCCUUCAUGCGAGGUUCUGCUGGUGGGGCAUGUCUCAGCGGUGAGGAGGGUCCCGAAGAACGCAACGAAGGCAAAGUGCUUCCGUUUCUGGUCCGAAACUUGGACACAGGUGAAACCAGCAUUUUGAAAAGGGCUUUCUUUCAAUACCGUGACGAGAUUCACAGACAAGCUCAAGCCAAAGCAGGGCCUGUCGUGAGACGACAGUCUGAAGCCGGCUAUUGA